AUGCUUCGGUGGUCGCUGGGCAUCUCACGACUAGACCACGUUUGCAACGAAGUGAUUCGACGGCGCGUGGGUGUUGCGCCUAUCACAGAGAAAAUGCGAGAGAGACGACUACAGUGGUAUGGCCACGUCAUACGAGCUGCUCCUGACACUGUCGCUGCCACUGCUUACCGCUUUGAAGUCGACGGCAAACGACCGCUGGUAUGUGAAGUGCUUUGUCCGGACACAUCGUGUUGCGAAAAAUUCGGAACUGAGGAUGACAGGAGGCGGAAUCCAUGCAAAGAUAAGGAAUUCUUCAACUCUCUCAAGUCGAAGACGACACGUCCACCUAGUGGUGAUUUAGAAUGGAGUUAUGUUUUCUUCCUAGCUUCAUACACAUAUAGCCCUGUAGUAGAUCUGGCAUAG